AUGAGUAAUACACGUUUCAAUAAUAAUAAUAAUAACAAACAACUUCCGUAUGAUCCAAAUCGUUUAUUACCCGAUGAUACGAAUAUUCUAGUACUUGAUGAAGAAGGUAACCUUAGCCGCCGAUCAACUGACAGUGUACCGAUUUCAUCUUUGAAUCGUCGUCAACAAUAUUCAAAAUAUGAUAUAUCGGAAGAUGAUCGAGGAGGCGCUGGUGUGCUAUCAACUGCUCGUGGAGAUGAAUCAUAUUAUGACAUACCAUCCGUUGGAAACAACCUUGCUGAGGGUGUACUUGACGCCGAAACAGUUACUAAACAUGUUUCCAAAAUUGGUAAAACAGCUGUUGGAUCCAGUGUGGCUUUUCUUACAUUAACAUUACCUGGUUAUGGUUUACGCGAUAUAUCGAUAUUAAGUAAUUACAAUCAUUUGCAAAGAAUUGAAUUACCGUAUAACACCAUAUCUGAUUUAUCACCAUUAAAUAACUUGAGUUAUUUACUUGAAUUGGAUGUAUCAAAUAAUAAAAUUCGCAAAUUGUUCGACUUCUGGCCACCGCGGAACCUCAAAGAAGCUGAUUUUUCUUUCAAUCUUAUCGAAAAAAUAGAAAAUCUCGAAAAUUUUCAUUACCUACAAAAACUUAUUCUUGAUAACAAUCAAAUUUCGAAAAUCGAAGGUUUGAAACAUUGCUAUCGAUUGCAACAUUUAAGCUUAGCACACAAUCGUAUCAGCCGAAUCGAAGAAUUAGAAGGACUGCCGCUUAAAUAUUUAAAUUUAAGAUCCAAUCAAAUUCAAAAAAUUGAAAAUCUUGAUACGCUUCAAUAUUUACAACAGUUGAAUUUAUCUUGUAAUAAACUGAAUUCCCUAGAAGGCGUACCAGAACGAUUAGGGUUUCUCGAAGUGAUCGACCUUGCUGAUAAUCAACUUUAUAAUUUAUCUGAUAUCGAUCGUCUGAGUGAAUAUCGUCUCUUGAGAGAUUUAAAUUUACGCGGAAACAAAAUAACUGAAAUUGAUGAUUAUCGUCUUUCAGUUAUUUUUAAAUUACAACAUUUAACUAUUCUUGAUCGACGAAAAGUGGAUGUAACCGAGAAAAUUGAAUCCAAACAAAUGUUUAAUCCAUCAUCGGAAUAUUUUGCAUCACGAGAUCAUAUGACAAAUGUUGUCUUCGCAUUUUUACAAGAUCAUCGAGUACAGGAAAGUACUCUGCCGAAUAUCGAAACACCGUACCCCAUGUUGAUCCUAUCAGGACCAGAAGGUUGUGGACGAAUUGAAUUGGCUCAUCGAUUAAUCGAAGAAUUUAGUGAAUUCUUUGGUUAUGGAUCCUUACAUACAACACGUGACAAACGUAACAAUGAAAAAGAUGGUGUCGACUAUGUAUUUGUCAAGCAUGAACAAUAUGAAGAAGAUGUUACAAAAGGUGAAUUUCUCUGCUGUUAUGAAUACUAUGGCGAUUGGAAUGGACUGCAACGUUCAUCCAUUGAAAACGUCGCUCGUGGUGGUUUAGCUUGCGUUAUACAAAUCGAACUUGAGGGACUUCUAUCAAUAAAACAAUCUCAUUUUGAACCUCGAUGCGUUCUCUUGCUACCGAUGGAUCGGCAAAUUCAUGAACGUCGUUUGCAAUUACAGGGUUUUGAUGAAGGUGAAAUUAAUAUGGCAUUAAAUCGUGUCGAACUUUAUGCUGAAUACAAUCGUACACAUCCAGGCUUUUUCGAUGCCUUUAUUUUAACAAAUAGUCUUGAUGAUGGUUAUGAUCAAUUGCGCGAUCUCGUCAUAAGUUAUUUAGGUUUAGAAGACGAACGAUUCGAUGCUCCACGACCAAACACAUCCGACGAAAUCAAACGUUUCGAUGAUUUCGAUAUUCAACGUUCAGAUUCAUUCCUCCCAUCAACGAAUGCAACAGGUUGUCGUAAUUCAUCGCAUCCAUCUGUUGAUUCGCCAAUCAAUCAAGGAGUAAAUUCGAAUCUGCGAUUGAGAUAUGGUGGAUCAGCACCACCGGCAAUGAUGUCUUCGGAAUUUGCUCUACGUGCAUCAGCUAAACUACGUAUUAAAGAGUUGUUCGAUGCUAAAACUGCAAACAUACAAAAUCAAUUACGCCGAGAAAUUUCCAAAACAUUUCCGCUCUCUCUUCGCCUUGACAGUGCCGACGCACCAAACAGUCGAUUGAGUGACCGUCGCGAUCGAAAAUCCGCACCAACGAAUGAUCUUCAGAUUGAUCCAAUCAGUCAAACUCCUGACUCAAGUAUUGGUAAUGACGCCGACCAAGACGAUGUCCUACUUAUUGAUCAAAAUCUCUCUCACGAUAUUCACGGAGAUAUUGAUGAUAAUAUUUCAGUUCGAAGCUAA